GGCGCGACGAUUGAUCCGGCAUUGCGAUUCUAGGUUUGUGCUCACUGGCGCUGCUGCUGGAAACCUCUUCCUCUGCGGUGCCCGGAGUUGCUGCUGCCUCAGCGGUAGCAGCGGCGGGGGAUUUCGAGGGUGCAUGCGUCACAAGGCACGAGAGCUUAAGCCGCGCCGUCAUGUGGAGAGCAGCCGGCGGGCGGCUCAAGCACAGGGGACUUAGAACAGGACGAGCAGACUUCUAUCGAUGGAACACCACAGCUGCCGGGCCAGAGAGCUUUCACGAGCUCACAGAUUUGAGCUUGCACAUCCACGCUAGCACAGCUUACAGUCAGCUACGCAGCAGCGAUAGAAGCCGUCCCUGCAGCUACUCGGCGGCGGCGGCUCCUCUGGAGCACAGCUUGACAACUUUGGACGCGGCACUGAGCAGUGUGAUCCAGCUCCCGCUCUUCAGCAAUCCACUGCUCCAAAUCCUCCCUCCCGACGGGGAGAGCUCGUCCAGGACGGUGUUUCGGAUCGACCAGAAAUGGCCUUUCCAGCUCAAGGCGGUCGCUACCGAGGCGUGUUUCGGAGAGGAGGAGGAGGUCGGUGUUCUUCCGGAACUGGAAGAGAUUCACGACAUCUCCCUCGAGAGGUCUUCCAAGUUUGAAGGUGGCAAGGCUCUCAAGGCGGCUAGAGCUAGAGCAAGGCGGCUUUUCAACAGGCAGCAGAAGCUCGAGCUGGAUGCUUGGGAUGCUGCGGUGAGGGAGUACAGGAAGAUUCUCGUGGAGAUGUGCCGGAAGAAGCUAGCGCCGAAUCUGCCGUUUGCAAAGUCUUUGAUGGUCAGCUGGUUUGAGCCGGUUCGCGACGAGAUUGCAAAGGAGCUCAAGGCCAUCGAGAAGGAGGAGCCUGGUGAAGACAGGAGUCACUAUGGACCACUUUUGAAAGGAGCUGGCCUCACUGCUGAUGUUCUUGCGGUGAUCACGAUGCACAGGCUCGUCGCGCUGAUGAUGCAAGACGUUGAUAGCGGAUGCAUUAGACUUGCAAACACUGCUGUUCUUAUUGGUGACGCAGUGGAACAAGAGAUCAAAAUCCGCAGGGCACUAAAGAAAAGAAAGCCGAAAGAACUUGCCGAGGAGGCGGAGCCUCCUACUCCAGAAGAAGAAAAGAAAGAGUACUUGAAAGACAAGCUGAGGAGAGCUAUCAUAGAAAGGCCCAGGAAUGUCAAGGAGAUAUUGAAGUCCUUGGAUCCAUCACAGCCCUGGCCGUCGUUUAUUCAAGCUAAAUUGGGAUGCCGCCUUAUCGACAUUAUGAUGUCAAAUUCACACAUCAAUGUUCCAGUAAGUGACUGUCCCGAAGAUGGCACCGAGAUUCGGCCUGCUUUUAGACAUGUACUCAAGGUACCAAAGGGAGGGCUUCUGCGUAGCUACGGAGCAAUAGUAUGCGAUCCUCAUUUGAGGGGUCGAAUCGAUGACUCGGCCAAAUUUAUAGUUAUGCCAUACAUGCCCAUGCUAAUUCCUCCUCGAGCUUGGAAAGGUUAUCACAAUGGAGCAUACCUGCACCUGCGGUCCGUUAUAAUGCGGACACACGGUUCUAAACAGCAAAGAGAAGCUGUGCGAAACACACCAAGAGCACAACUGCAGCAAGUUUUUCGGGCACUCGACACCUUGGGAGCGGCAUCCUGGAAAAUUAACAAGGAGGUUUUUGAAGUUAUAGAAAAGCUUUGGAGCGCGGGAGGUGGAAUAGGUGGCCUUGUGGACCGAAAAGAUGUGCCAUUGCCACCCAAGCCUAAUACCGAGGAUGAAGCUGAGAUGAGGAGCUGGAGGAAAGUUUUUUAUAAAGGUAAGCGCACAAACAGUGAGAGGAAUUCUCAACGGUGCGAUCUCGAGCUGAAGCUGGCGGUAUGUUUUUCUUGUCGCUCUGUUUUGUUUUUUUCUCUUUCUCUCUCUGAAAGGUGUUUGCAGGUUGCUCGAUCACUGAAGGACGAAGAAUGUUUCUAUUAUCCACAUAAUUUGGACUUUCGUGGUCGUGCCUAUCCUAUGCAUGCGCAUUUGAACCAUUUGGGUUCUGAUGUGUGCCGCGGUAUGUUACUGUUUGCUAAGGGACGUCCUCUAGGGCCGACAGGUCUACGUUGGCUCAAGAUACACAUUGCCAAUGUCUUCGCUAAUGGAGCUGAUAAGCUACCCUUCGAUGGAAGGGUGGCAUUUGCAGAGAGUAACUUGGAACACGUUGUAGCUUCUGCAAACCAGCCUUUGAAAAAUCGUUGGUGGUUAAAAGCGGAAGAUCCAUUCCAGUGCUUAGCUGCGUGCAUCGACCUGAGAAAUGCGAUGCAUUCUCCAAACCCGGAGUACUACAUUUCUCAUCUUCCAGUUCAUCAGGAUGGAUCUUGCAACGGUCUCCAACACUAUGCAGCUCUUGGACGAGACAAAACUGGCGCCAGAGCAGUGAACUUAAUAGGCGCGGAUUAUCCUGCAGAUGUAUAUUCAGGCAUAGCCGCCCGUGUACGUACACUAGUGGAGGAGGACGCACGCAAAGAUCCAGCCGCAGUUUAUGCCAAAUUAUUAGUAGGACAUGUGGAUAGGAAACUAGUGAAACAGACAGUGAUGACUUCGGUUUACGGCGUGACAUACGUUGGAGCACGUAACCAAAUAACAAACAGACUUAGGGACAAGGGCUUCAUAUUAGAUGAGCCGACCUUGUACCGUACUGGUUGCUACGCUGCUAAGGUAACUCUGAACGCGCUUGGCGAAAUGUUUGGCGAGGCAAGGCUCAUUAUGAAUUGGCUAGGCCAGUGCGCAAAGGUAAUUGCCAACGACGGCGACUCCGUGAGGUGGAUCACUCCUUUGGGACUUCCUGUCGUGCAACCAUACCGCAGGCCCGGGAGACAUGUGGUGAAAACUUGUCUCCAAUGUCUUAUUCUAAGAACGGAUACGGAUCAACCGGUGUUGGCAGCGAGGCAGCGCAGCGCGUUCCCACCAAACUUUGUGCAUUCCAUGGAUGGGUCGCAUAUGAUGAUGACCGCCGUGGCGUGCCAGGAGGCCGGGCUCACCUUCGCAGGGGUCCAUGACUCGUUUUGGACGCAUGCCGGAGACGUGGAGCGCAUGAACGUCAUACUGAGGGAGAAAUUCGUGGAGCUCUACGAGCAGCCAAUUCUAGAAAACUUGCUAGAGAGUUUCCAGAAACGUUGGCCCAAGCUUAAAUUUCCAGAUCUCCCCGUGCGUGGGGAUUUAGAUCUCAAGGAAGUUUUAUCGUCGCCGUAUUUUUUCAACUAAAAGCAAGCGAACGAUCUUCUGCUCGUAUAUUAUAUUAUACAUAUAUAAACGAAUGCCGGGUGCUGUGAGGAA